AUGUUGAGGCCAUCGCUGGCUCUCCUCGUGGUAGCAGCGGCGCUCGCCGCGCUGAGCGGCGUCGACGCGACUGUCGUGGCGACAUGCAUGGCGGCAGCCAACGGCGACCGGCGUGUCAACUACGAAUUCUGCGUGUCGGAGCUGAGCAAGCACCGCGACAGCCCCGACGCGGACACCUGGGGCCUGGCCAAGGUGGCGGCCAACGUGGGCGUCAACAACGCCGGCGCCGCGAUCAACGAUAUGCAGGCCCUGCUGGCCAAGGCGGCGCCGCCGCCGCCGGACGCCAGGACGCGCGACGGGCUGCGGCGGUGCGAGAAGCUGUACUACGACAUGGAGCUGACGUUCGCGGGGGCGUACGACGAGAUCAACGCGCGCAACUACACGGCGGGGAAGCAGAAGGCCGCGGACGCGGCCUCCCUGGUACGUCAGUGCGACGGUGGCUUCGCCGAGGCCGGGCUCCUGCCGCCGGAGCCGCUCGCGCGGCGCGGCGCGUACACCGUGCAGAUCGCGAUCAUAUGCACGGCCAUCACGAAUCUCAUCAAACCAUAA